AUAAAAGUCAGAUUGGAAAAUACUAAUUAUACUCUUAGUCAAUAUGCUGUUUCAAAUGUAAUUGCCUAACUAACAAAUUAGUGGUAACAAAUAUGCUACUGGAAGAAACAAGGAUAGAAUUAAAACUGAAAUUAUUUGACUAUUUUAUGUUCACCAUAAAUAUCAAGAUAUACUCUCAUAAACUAUUAAGAUCAUAAAUCUACCUAAAAAUCAUAAUAUAGGAGUAAUUCUAGUAAAUGCGCAAAAAGAAUUUAUUGGCCAAUUAAAAGAGGCUUUUGAGAUAGGCCUAAAUUUCCUCACAUGUGAACUAGGUAAAGGGUGGUUAAAUUAACCAAAGUUUAUGGUGCAAACAUGGACUAAGAAAUUUUAUAAUGAACCUCUUGUUUUAAUUAUUAAGGAAUGGCAGGGGAUAGAAUUGAAGGAUAUAUUUAGC